UGCUGUGGAUGCUGCUGCAGUGCCGUUGUCGCGAGGAUCAAGGCGGCCGGCUCACCAAGUUCACACCCACCACUCCCCCGACUGGCAAUAUUUGUCGGCGAUCAUAGUUAUGCGCCUACCGUGCGCAGCCGGCCUGGUUGUCGCGGCGUGUCCGUGCGUUCCUGGUUUCCUGCUACCGUUACCAACACACGAUGUGGGUCAGCAGGGUACACUCUUCGCAAGGUGUGCGGCGACGCGUUCAACGAGAGGACGAGAGGCGACGGCGACUCGAUUGUACGUUGGUGGCAAGAUAUUCGGCGAGGAUGAGCCUACACCACCCCCGCAGGGCCAACCCGGACUUAUCAAGCCAGCCGUGAAAUCCAACCGCAAAGAAGAGGAGGAGGGUGGAGAAGAAGGCGGUUCGGGCGAGACUGGAACCGGGGAGAAGCGGAAACGGAGGAAACGACGGAAGAAGUACGACUUCUCGGACGAUUUAGCGGCGAGGGAGCAGGACGAAAAGAGAUUAGCAGAAGAGCUUGCUCGAAAAUUUCCGGAUAUCGGCCGGGUGAAGGUGGAUAAGUUUGGGAAUAUUGUUGGAGGUGUCAAUCCCUUCGAAGGCACAGAUGUCAAGCUGGAGGAUCAGCCAAUACCGGAUGAUGACGAAAAGGAUUUCCCAGAGGUGGCUGGUGUGAUAGCAGGAAUGGACGAUCCCGCGGAUGCGCCUUGGAGGCUGGAGGCGGAGAAGAUUGUCCGAGAUCAGGUGCAGGCGUGUGGGCUCACCUGCUACGAUAUCUUGUGGACCUUUCACAGGUUGGAGGUUACCGUGACAAGAGCAGAGGGCGAUGGACCCAUUGAGGAAGCAGCAUAUGUGGAUAGCGACAAACUAAUGCAGGCCAUCAAGGGGGUGAACGCUGCGUUAGAGGCGAGGGAAGAGGAGUUGUUCGUGUUGGGGCGGCACGAGCUUGUGGUAGCAACGCCCGGAGCCAAGGACGUCCUCACAACGGACAAGCAGUUCAAGGCCUACAAGGGGUUCGAAGUCAUCGUGAAAGCGGGAGGACCAUUCAAGAAGAAGCGCGAGUUGAAAGGAAAACUACUUGAGCGUACUUUCGACGAGCUCAUGAUUAUGAAGGCAGGGCGAAAAGUGCGAAUUCCUUUGGCACUUGUGGACGAGGUCCGCCUUCCUCCGGCGCUCGUCGAAGCCGGAGACGAGGUUUUUUGAAACAUCGGCUGCAAAGAAUGCUUUGUCACCCCUUGAAGAGCAACGCGCAGCAUGGUAUAUCAUGUGCAACGUAUCUGGAACCGAGUUUACGCUCGUCGUGCGCUGAGAGGCUGAGGUUGGUCGCACAGUUAUCAACCCUCACGCAACGUUUUGGCGCGAGGCUAAUGUGGAGUAUGGUCGUUUCAAAGAAUACGUUGUCAUGCAAUGUAGUCCGUCCGGUUAAAAUUUCCAUGUUUUGCCAGAAUCACUUGGGAAUGGAAUAUGUUCCUAGUGACUGACAUACACCCUGUAGUGACAUAAAAUUAGAAUAUAUCGUGAGAAAUCUUGUGUGUUCGGCGGAUCGUUUGAUCGGAGCGGGUUUUUAUGAUCUUGUUUGCGAUUCCGUCAAGAUUUUGCAAAACAUUUUGAAAUAGUUUUUGUAGCCGAGUGUGGGGUGUACUUAUUUUUUCAGGCCGGUUUUGAACAAACCACGCCGAGGAGCUCAUUGAGACUUAACGUUUUCUUCAGUUGAGUCCUUUUGGGACUAAUUACAAAAGCGCAUGAGGCGACCC